AGCUCAAUCUUUUAAGGGACUUUCGAGGCUUAUAGAUGAGAAUUAGUAUGUCCUCUUGAUGGAAAAUAGCCAGCUUAAACAAAGAUGACAAAUAUAAACUAUGUUUCAGAGAAUUUUCAAUCAAAUUGAUCAAAAAUAAACCUACACAUAAUUCCACUUUCAUAACCGCGCUUUUGAGGACUCGAUAAAAUGGCGUGCUGCAGGCCAAGGAACAGGAGGUUUGAGGAUGACAGCACGUUUGCAGAUCCUGCCGUCCGUCGGAGAUUUGUUACCAAGGUCCUUCUCAUAGUGGCCGUCAAUUUGGCGAUAACAACACUGGCAAUGACGACUUGUGUAAUGCUAAAGCCUUUAAGGCACUUUUUUCAAAGGUUCUGGUUUUUGAGUUUGCCCGCUAUCCUUAUCAUAAUGAUAAUGCAUUAUAUGAUGUGUUGCUGUCGGAAUCUCUUCCGAGUGCCAGUUCUUAAAUGGGUAUUGUUGGCCAUUUACGUGUUUUGCCAUGCCAUUUUGGUUAUCUGCCUUGCUGUUCGUUAUCAUCCCCGUUUAGUUAUAAUGGCCUUCGGAAUAUGCGCUGGCCUAGUCGUAUUCCUAUGCCUCUUUGCAUGGUUCGCUCCCUGCGAUUUCACCUCCUGCUUCGUAUUGAUUUUUAUAAUAAGCAUAACUUUGGUGGUUUUGGGCAUUUUAGCAAUAUUUUUUAGAACUUUUAAAAUUGUUUAUUUAGCCUUCGGCGUUAUUGCCUAUUCCAUUUAUAUAGUGGUUGACCUUCAAAUGAUUGUAGGCGGAAGAAUUCACAAAAAUCAAUACGAUGAAUCAGAUUUUAUUUUAGGGGCUAUGUCCUUAUUCCAUGACAUCAUAUACCUAUUUUGGUUCAUUCUACAACUUUGUGGUCUUAUAGAUGAAUAAUGGUUUCUGUCUCAAAAUUAAAGUCAAAUAAAAAUUUA